AUGCCCUUUUACCUGGAGCAUAUAAAAUGGUACUAUGGUAAAGGUCGUUUCACCGUCAUUCCUGCGCCGACUGUCUUGGACUCUUUGUCCCAGACGGCCGCUUUUAUGCAAAGCCACCCAUGGAAUGUGACAGAAAACUGGGCAUCCAUCUACAGUGAGCUGAAGGCUGCGACAAAAGCUCCCUUGGAGGUAUCCUCCAACACAACUGCAGAUGAUUUCAUUUCAUUAUUCACUGGUCCGCAAUUACGACUCGAGUUCUUAGGCUUUGUAUUUGUCAUGGCUGGGAUAAGUGUACAAGGCCGAUUCCCCGGUCGACAACCUCUAGAUCUGGGUAAUGGCGAGAGCAUGGAUACAGAUGCGUUCACGAAAGAGAUGGUUUUGGCAUGUUAUCAUUGUAUUGAAAUUUGUAAACAAGUCAGUCACGUCAACGAUCUGACAAUAUGGAUGCGCUACAUGCAUAUCCUCUUGGGGGCGGAAGUACUUGGAGAAUCAAACGAGAAAAUCUAUAGUCUCUUUGGUGACUUGGUAUCUGACAUCUACGCAAUGGGUCUGCAUCAUCAACCCUCUGAUGAUAUCCCAUUCUUCCUGGCCGAAACUAGAAAACGGAUGCUAGCUGUUUGCCAUCGCACAGACAAGAAUUUAUCUACGGCCAUGGGACGUCCACCGCGUUUACCUCAUCGGUAUUGUGACGAGGCUCUACCGUUAGACCUACCAGAUGAGUAUCUUUAUGGAGAAAAAGAGUCUCUCGAGCGUGGUAUCCAGAGCUUGGAUGAUGAUGGCUGGAAUCAGGACGGGAAAUUCUAUCCUGCGACACUGAUGCGGAUGCGAUGUAUUCUCUCCAAACUGCGGGAACAAGUUCUUGAGUUAUCUCUCGGGCGCUCAACGCACCCAGAUUACAGGAAGGACCUCUGGUAA